AUGGAUAAAACCUUUACUAAGAACUCAGCUGGAAAUUGGACAGCACCAUUACCAUUUCGGGAGACCCGAGAAAAACUACCAAACAAUCGAUCGGUGGCACUGAAACGAGCACUGAUGCUACAAGGGAGUCUGCGACGAAAUCCAACUAAACGAGAACACUUUAAAAAGGAUAAAAUACGAGUUGUGUUUGACUCUUCUUGCAAACACGAAGGCAUUUCCCUGAACGACGUGUUAAUGCAAGGACCAGACCUGAUGAAUCGUCUGGAUGGAGUGCUCAUGAGAUUCAGAAAGGAGCCGGUUGCUGUGAUUGCAGACAUUCAGCAGAUAUUUUUCUGUUUCCAUGUGGCAGAACCUCACAGAGAUUUUCUUCGUUUCUUUUGGCAUCGAAAUAAUGAUCCGAAACAAGAAUUACAGGAGUACAGAAUGUGCGUCCAUGUUUUUGGCAACCGACCUUCUCCGGCGGUUGCCACUUAUGGACUUAGACGUUGUGUAAAAAUUGACUGUAAGGAAGAUGUUAAGCAGUUUGAGACCAGAAACGUUUAUGUUGAUGACGGGUUGGCAUCAUUUCCCAGUUUUAGUGAAGCAGUUGAUGUUCUGAAGCGAACUCAGAAAACACUCCUGGAAGCUGGAAAUUUGAAACUACACAAGAUCGCAUCAAACAGUGAAGAAGUGAUGCUACAAUUUCCAUCCGCGGAUCUUGCAAAAUCCAUGGAACAGCUUGAUCUAGAUCGAGAUGACUUACCUGUACACCACAGUUUGGGUUUAAGUUGGAACCUAGCUACAGAUACUUUUAUGUACAAAGCCUCAGAAGAGCAGAAGCCCUUGACCAAGAGAGGACUGCUGUCCACUGUAAAUGGAUUAUUUGAUCCACUUGGAUUCAUUGCGCCCAUAAUCUUAAAUGGUAAACUGAUCAUGAGAGAAGCAUUUACUGGGAUUGAGAGUUGGGAUGAUCCCUUACCUACAGCAACUAUGAGUGCAUGGAAACUGUGGUUAGAACAAUUGACGAGACUUGAUGGUGUUCACAUCCCCUGGUGCCUACUGUCUGUAUCAUACAGCAAGUGUGUUGGCAAAAAGUUACACAUCUUUUGUGAUGCAUCUGAAAAAGCAGUAGCAGCAUGUGCUUACAUAAGGGGUAUGACUGUGGAUGAGAAGAUUUCUGUAGGGUUUGUGUUCGGCAAAUGUAAAGUUGCCCCACGAAGUGGACACACGAUUCCAAGAUUGGAACUCUGUGCUUCCGUUCUAGCUGUGGAGCUUGGUGAGAUGCUUUCAAAGGAACUUGACUUACCCUUAGAGGACAUCACGUAUUACUCUGACAGCAAAGUGGUGCUGGGGUAUCUGUCGAAUGAGCGCCGAAGUUUUUAUGUUUACGUAUGCAACCGUGUCUCCAGGAUACGCAAGAGUUCUUCUCCACGCCAAUGGAAUUAUGUAACAACUGAUGAAAACCCUGCUGAUCAAGGAACUCGUGGACUUUUGCCAGAACAGCUAUGUGAUAGUUUGUGGUUAAAGGGACCAGACUUCCUCAAAGGAAAUACAAACCAUUUCCAAAAUGAGUCGUUUUCUUUGGUGAACCCAGAGCAGGACAGUGAAGUACGACCAGAGAUAGUGACCCUCAAGACCAUGUCAACCAAACCAACUUUAGGAACGUCACGUUUCAGUCGCUUUGGUAGUUGGUUGAGCCUUGUGCGGGCCAUCACCUUCAUCAAGGAAAGGCUCAGGAAGGAAGCAAGGAGAGUGGAUAAAACAUCUCGUCGAGAAUCGGAAAUGCUGAUCAUUAAAGAGAUUCAACAUCAAUUUUAUCAGAAAGAACUAAGUGCGCUACAUGCAGGAAGACCCCUUCCGAAAGACAGUACCAUUCUGACUCUGUCUCCUUACCUUGAUGGCGGCUUGCUGCGAGUUGUUGGACGAAUCAAAUUGUCUGACUUACCUGUGAGGGAGAAGACACCUAUCCUGAUACCUGGCAAGAGCCAUAUUGCCCGGCUAUUGGUUCGUCAUCAUCAUAAGAAAAUCUACCACCAAGGGCGUCAUCUGACGGAAGGUGCUAUACGAAGUGAAGGCCUAUGGAUCUCUGGAGGGAAACGCUUGGUGUCAUCAAUCAUCCAUCACUGUGUGACCUGCCGCAAGAUGAGAGGGAAACCACUAUGUCAGAAAAUGGCGGAUCUACCCAAAGUCCGACUUACUAAGUCACCACCCUUCACCUUUGUUGGGGUGGAUGUAUUUGGCCCCUGGAAUGUCAUCACGAGACGAACAAGAGGGGGCAGCGCACACUCAAAACGUUGGGCAGUGUUGUUUACCUGUUUGUAUAGCCGAGCAGUCCACAUCGAGGUCAUUGAGGAAAUGACCUCUUCUUCUUUCAUCAACGCCUUGAGAAGGUUUGUGGCAGUUCGUGGUACAGUCUCUGAAUUCAGAUCAGAUAGAGGGACAAAUUUUGUUGGGGCUGCUGCGGAGCUGCAGAUGAAUGUAGUGAAUGUGGAAGACAACAGCCUGAAGAUAUUUCUUGCAGACAAGCGUAUUGUAUGGAGGUUUAAUCCUCCCCACGCCUCACAUUUUGGAGGCACAUGGGAAAGGAUGAUUGGCAUUGCCCGUCGCAUCCUUGAGGCAAUGCUUAUGGAUACCAAACAUGGGAAGCUGACCCAUGAGGUUUUGACAACCUUUAUGGCAGAGGUCAUGGCUAUUAUGAAUUCGAGGCCACUGGUACCUGUAUCUACUGAUGUUGAAGCACCAUUCGUUCUAUCGCCACAGAUUCUACUGACACAGAAAACCCAUGAAGUACCCAGUGAAUUCCAGGAUCUUGAUGUCAAGGACAUGUACCGAAGUCAAUGGAAAAUGGUCCAGGUCAUGGCUAACACUUUCUGGAAGCGAUGGAAAAAUGAGUUCCUUUCCACCCUACAACCUCGUCAGAAAUGGCAAGAUUCAGUGGGCAAUCUUAAAGAUGGGGAUGUCGUUCUACUACAUGAUAAAGAAAGUGCGCGCAAUGACUGGCCAGUCGGCAUCAUAAACCGUGUAUUUCCAAGUGAAUCAGACGGUCUGAUACGCAAAAUCCAAGUGGAAGAUCACAGCCACCCUGAAGAUGACGAUCGCAUCAAUGCAGAUGAGGUGUUUAAUCAAGCUAAGAAAAUUGUAAAGCUGGACCCAACCAAGCCAAUCAAAAGGGUAUAUAAUGACGUGAUUGGUGCCUUUGUCGAUAAUGAAGAGUAUGACGAGCUGCCCGAUUUUUCUACAGUGAGAUCAAAAUUACAGCGAGUUCGGGCAUCGUUAAUCCCAGCUAUUUCGCACGAUAUUGAAGACGUACUAAUAGAGAACGAAUGGACAGAGAACUGGGCCGGUUUCCAUUACAGGUGGAACACAUCUGUCCAAAGGAAACACCCAUCAUUAUUUCUUUUCAUCAGAAAGAUGAAAGAUGAAGAAAGGCUUGAAAGAAGAAACCUUAGAGCUAGGGUGCAGGGUGCUGCGGAGGUUCCAGUCAAAAGAAAGUGGAGACGAUUGGAACAGAGAAUUAAGCGCUUACGAUGUCAGUACCAAAAUGGGGAUAGUAAUUUGGAAGAAUACCGGAAUGCCAUAUCGUACGUCGUAAAGCAGUAUCAGUAA